AUGUUGCGGUGGUAUCAAGCUAAGCUGGCUAAGCAGCCCAUCCUCACUUCCAGUAUCACCAGUGCUCUGCUUUUCGGUUGCGGAGAUGUCCUAGCGCAGCAGGCUGUUGAUCGUAAAGGCUUUGAGAAGCAUGAUUUUGCAAGGACCGGUCGGAUGGCUCUAUACGGUGGAGCCAUAUUCGGACCGGCUGCCACUACAUGGUAUGCAUUUCUUCAACGGAACGUCGCCUUGAAGAGUUACAAGGCUACUAUUGUCGCCCGUGUCAUUGCAGACCAGGCCAUCUUCACACCCGCCCACCUCACCUGUUUCCUGACAUCCAUGGCAAUCAUGGAAGGCACCGACCCUAUCGAGAAAUGGCGCACCAGCUUUGUUCCCAGCUACAAAGCCAAUCUCUCAAUCUGGCCUUUCGUUCAGGGCGUUAACUUCUCAAUUGUUCCCCUAGAGUACAGAGUCUUGGUUGUCAAUGUGGUCAGCUUGGGCUGGAACUGCCUUCUGAGCUUGAUCAAUAGCGGCGAAAAAUGA